AUGUUGGCCAACGGCUAUGAAGUUCUAGUUUACGCAAGGCUGGCAGCACUGAGCCCUCCAAAGGGAGCAAGGCUGACGUGGGCAAGGGAGUGCUGCCCCAAAGGCUGGGGACACUGGGAGAACGGGCAUCCAGAGGCCACCUGUGUCCACGUCACGAUUCCGUGGCUGCCCCUGCCCUGGGCUGUGAGCAGGUUGGGCACGAAUGCCUCCCUGGUGGCCAAGUUCAUCCCCGUGGGCUUCUCCCACCUGGCCCACCUGCAGGGCUGGCUCUUCUUCCUCUUCCUGGGCAUCUACCUGCUCACCGUGGCCAACGACCUAUUCAUAGUGGUCGUGGUGUCGGCCGACGCCACCCUGCAGUCCCCCAUGUACUGCUUCCUGCGCGUGCUGUCAGCCCUGGAGAUUAGCACCACAUCGGUCACCCUGCCCCUGCUGCCCCACCGCCUCCUCACAGGCCAGCGCCACGUGCCCCACAUGGGCUGCACUCUCCACAUGUUCUUCUUCCUCUUCCUCAGGGCCACGGAGUGCUGUCUCCUGGUGGCCACAGCCUAUGACUGCUACACAGCCAUCAAACCCCUUGGCUACCCACUCCUGCUGAGCCACAGGGUGUGCCUCCAGCUGACAGGGGCCGCAUGGGCCUGUGGAGCGAUGCUGGGCCUGAGCCACACCUCCUUCAUCUUCUCCCUGCCCUUCUGCAGCCCCUACGCCAGCCUACAUUUCCGGGUUCUUCUUGCCCUGUUUGCCAGCUUGAGGGAGCGUUCUAACAGCAAGGCGUCACAGGACUUGGAAUCCACACAGGGCCAGAGAAUGAUGGCAGACAGGCCAAAUGCAAAACGGAAGGGUCUCACAGAUGGAAAGGUGUCUCAAGGGACAGUUGCUACAGGAUUUCAGACCCCAGACCCACCCUCCAACACUGGAGAAGACGCUGUUGUGUCUGGGCCACACGCUGGCACAGGGUCCCCAAAUCCCGACACUUGGGCAGGAAUUGGCGUGCUCCUGAGGGGUCAGGAGUCAGAACGCUGA